CACUCCAACGCAUCGAAUCUGUAUCAUGCGGAAUAUUGUCAUCAUUUCCGUAAUGCUAGCAUUUACAGUUGAUGGUCAGCAUUUUAGUUAUCCCACCUUGUCCCGGGCAACCGAGCCAAGCUUGAUCCUGCGGCAAACAAUCAACGCCAAGCAAGCACCUCACGCCGCUGUCCAUGGCGAUAAGGUGACGAUUCUAUGCAACAACCGUAGUUCGCUUUCAUUUGAACAGAUUCAGCUGAGCGACAAGCAAGUGUUGAGCAAGUUGGAUUUCCUGAAAUCUCUCACUUUGAUUGUGCAUGGCUGGAACGGCAACAUCAGCAAACCGUUCAUGAGAAAAUUAAUUCAAAACUAUGUUCUCCACGUGAACAGCAGUGUGUGCCUGGUGGAAUGGAGCGGCUUGGCGGCCAACGAGUACAGCCUUGUUGCACAGGAAGGUGUCUUAGAGGUCGUCAAACAACUAACUCGAUUCGUUCGGUUUGUGCACCGCAGCGGACUUACUUACGCCAACAUGACCCUGGUUGGGCAUAGCCUUGGGGCACACAUUGCCGGAUUGGUUGGGAAGAAUGUGGGCGGAAAAAUUGGAGCAAUAUACGCACUUGAUCCGGCGGGAGUGCUGUUCACGUUUCCGGUGGAUGUCGGCGAGGAGAAACGAUUAGCGCCCACCGAUGCACAGUACGUGCAAGCGAUCUACACCAGCAGCGGAUCGGCUGCCAUGAGCGUUGCAGCUGGGCAGCAGAAUUUUUGGACCAAUAGGGAUGGGGCCCAUCCGCAGCCGGGCUGCGAAAACGUUUCGGUGGAGAACGAUGAGUUCGAGGAAAUGUAUGAAUCUGUAGGCUGCAGUCAUCGUAUGGCUUUGGUGUAUUUCACCGCAGCAUUGAACCCGCAAGUGGAUUUUAGAAUGAAACGCUGCUACGGUUACUUGAUGUAUCGAUCCGGUUUAUGUGCACUGGCAUCUGAAGAUAGAUUAGGAAUAUAUGCUAAAAGAAUCGUCGGAAAUUUUUAUGGAACUGUCGUUCUUCCAUAACUUUUAUUUCACAUAUGCCAUAUUCAUAUUAGAAUCAUUUGUUUACAUAGCUUUAUUUUUUUUUACAAUUUCGAGAAAACAACAAGAAACU